UAUUAUUUAAAAAUUACAGUAACAGUAGUUCUUUGAAGGAACUCAGGAAUGUACUUAUUAAUGAGAUUAGAAUGUAUAUUAAAAGAACAUGUAUAUCCAUCCAAGGGACAUGUGUUAAUCCCUUAAAGCAUUAUUGUGGUAGGAUUUAACAGGGAUCGUCUUUGUAACCCACUUUACUUUAGAGGCAAGAAAAAUCACUCCAUGUUACAACAAGCAAACCUCCCUCUCCACCCCACUCCCCGCCCCUCCCCCAGCCCCGCCCCCAGUCUGAGCUCUCUAAAGCCAGUUCUUGGCUGGGUCUGUUGGCCUGGGUAAAGCAGGUAUGGUCAGUUUGCCCAGUGGGUAUGGAGUAUGCAGGGAGGGAAGAGAGAGAAAAGCCACCCAGGCUCUGAUGGCUGCUGGGAGAAGGCAUUAGGGGGCAUAUGACCAAAGAGGCAGUAGGAGUAUAGGAGGAGCUGAUCCCUGAGGGAGAGAAUGUAGAGUGAGAAGAUGAGGCUAAAGAUGGAGUCUUGGGGACAUUAAUCAAAGUGAUUCUUAAAGCUUUGCUGUUGAUGAUUUUAAGUGGAAAAAUUGAGUAAAUAAGAUGUCGUUUUCCAAGUCAGGAUAUUGGUUGCCUAAAGAGUAUUUUCUUACCAGGAAUGGCCAUAUACACUUGUUUUAGAACAUCAGGGACAGCAGAGGUGGUGGGGUGGUUACACCCUUGUCUUAUGGCCCAAGAACUUAAGUUUCCAGGAAUUUGACCAAUUUCACCACUAAACGUUAAAUUCAACAUAGGGCUACCCAGAUCCCUCUGUCUUGCUUUGUCUUGAGAGCUAAAGAGUUUAGGAAAAGGAGAGUGAGGAGAAUAUAUUAAUCCUAGGAACUGAACAAAGCAAAAAUCCCUAUUUAUCGUGUACUUAAAACAUUUCUACCACAUGGGCUCUCCCUGACAUUUUAUUUAGGGGUUCAUAUUUGCGCAUUCCUUGCCCCCCAGUUAGCCAGUGCUGGGCAUGGGGAACCUUCUCUGCUCCUCCUGUUUCUUGUCUUCUAGCACCACGCUUAUCAAAAUCUUUCCUUGUCCUUCCAGGUGUUUCCAGUGCUGUGCCCUGGAUGUGUGCUUUUGCUCUUAGAACCCCAGAGAACUUUCCUUUCCCCUCUUCUACGACCCUUAGCUUAUUCUAGCACAUUAUUAAGGGCCUUUGUCUGUCAGAUGGGGGCACUUCUUGAAGAAGGAAGGGCUUUUGUCUGGCCUAUUGCUGGUGUCUCCCAGCUUUAGCCAGGAGCUUCAUAAUUGCUGGUGCUCAUAACUCUUGCUUAACUGAGGUGCUCAGUCUCCUUGGGGAGAGAGGAUCUUUGGAUAGACCAGCUGGGGAGCUCUCCCCUCAGGGGCCUGCAGGCUAGUAACGUACUGGAAUGUCCAGGAGUGAUCUCAUAAAGCACGGAUUCUCUUCGUGGACGCUGCCCUGCGGCCUCUCGGAUUCUGGACGCCCAGGAAAUCCCUAAGCAGAGAUUUUCUGUUAGAUGAUAAAAGCAAGGAAUAAAACUUGAAAAUUAGGAAAAUGUCUCAACUCUUUCAUCACCAGAACCACAAGAGAGCCAUUACUAAUUCGCUGUCAGAUAAUGCAUCGGUGAUGUUCUGUGGGAGUUGCAGGAAAUUGCAGAGGAAAGAUACUGAGUGUCAGGAAUUUGUGAAGAGAGUCAUAAUGAGCCAUCUCUUUAAGAUAAUUAUGAUUAGCACUGUCUCACUGAAUGCCUUUUUUAUGGUCUUGUGGACUGAUUAUAAAACAAGAUACAAAUUGUUCAGACUUUUUGAGGUCUCAGAGCUCAUCUUUGUGUCCAUCUAUAGCUCCGAGUUCUGCAUGAAGCUCUACGUGGACCCCAUCGACUACUGGAAAGAUGGCUACAAUGUGCUGGAUGUGGUCAUUAUCAUCACUGUCUUCAUCCCCUAUGGUCUCCGCAAGUUCAAGGGAAAGCACUACCCCUACCUCAACAUCGCUGAUGGCAUACAGUCCCUGCGCAUCCUCAAACUUAUCACCUAUAGCCGUGGUAUCCGGACGCUCAUCACCGCUGUGGGGCAGACAGUCUACACCGUGGCCUCUGUGAUCAUCCUGCUCUUUGUCCUGAUGUACAUCUUUGCUAUCUUGGGCUUCUACCUAUUUGGAGUUCCAGACGGGGGUGACAUGAAUAACUGGGGGAACCUGGCUGUGGCCUUCUUUACCCUCUUCAGCUUGGCCACGGUUGAUGGCUGGACAGACCUGCAGCACCAGCUAGACGCCCGGAAUUUUACUCUGAGCCGGACGUUCACCAUUGUCUUCAUCUUGCUUGCCUCCUUCAUCUUCCUCAGCAUGUUUGUGGGUGUGAUGAUCAUCCACACUGAGGACUCCAUCAAAAAGUUUGAGCGGGAGCUGAUGGUGGAGAGGCACAUGACACUCAUGGAAGAGAAGCAGGUGAUUCUGAAGCGGCAACAGGAGGAGGUCAGCAGGCUGAUGCAGAGACGGAAAAACGUUGACUACAAAAGUUUCAGUGAGCUGGUGGAGAACUUCAAGAAGACACUGCGGCACACUGACCCCAUGGUCUUGGAUGACUUUGGCACUAGCCUACCCUUCAUUGAUGUCUACUUGACCACUCUGGACAACCAGGACACUACGAUCUGCAAGCUUCAAGAGCUGUACUACGAGAUUGUGCACGUGCUGAACCUGAUGCUCGAAGACUUGCCCCAGAAGAAGCAGUCCCACUCCUCAGAAAAUGUUGAUGAAAAGUAGCUGGAUGUGGGCAUCCAAGCACUAAGGGCCUCACAAGCUGUGACAGUCCCCCCAAUAAACGCAGGCUUUCUGUGUUGACCUCA